CCCCGCGCGCGCGCCGGCGCCCCCUGCGCGGCCUCCCGCUCCCGCCUCCCGCCUCCCCUCCUCCUGGUGACGUCCGGGUCCCUGCCCGUCUGAAAACUCCGCGCCGCGGCGGUGGAGGCGGCGGCAGCGGCGGCGGCGGCGGCGGCGGAGGAGGAGCAGCGGCGAGCCGAGGCGGCGGCGGCGGCGGCGGCCCGAGCGGGAGCCCGAGCGGCGGCCGGCGGCCGCGGGAGGCACGGGGAGCGCGGGGGCGGCCCGGAGCCCUGGGGUCCCCGCGCCCCGCUCGCCCGCCGCGCUCCGAAGAUGGUGGUGGCGCCGUGCGCCCGGAGGCUGGCCCGGCGGUCGCACUCGGCGCUGCUCGCGGCGCUCACCGUGCUGCUGCUGCAGACGCUGGUCGUGUGGAAUUUCAGCAGCCUCGACUCCGGGGCCGGCGAGCGCCUCGGGGGCGCAGCGGCCGGCGGCGCCGAGCAGCCGCCCCCGGCCCCGGCCCCGCGCCGCGAACGCCGGGACCUGCCCGCCGAGCCGGCUGCAGCCCGAGGAGGAGGCGGUGGCGGCGGCCGCGGAGGACGGGGGCCCCCGGCGCGGGCGCGGGCAGGCGGCGCCGGAGAACCCCGGGCACAGCAGCUGGCCAGUCGGGGGGCGCUGCCCCCGCGGGCGCUGGACCCACACCCAAGUCCGCUGAUCACCCUGGAGACCCAGGACGGCUACUUCUCUCACCGGCCCAGAGAGAAAGUGCGGACAGACAGCAACAAUGAGAACUCGGUCCCCAAAGAUUUUGAGAAUGUGGACAACAGCAACUUCGCCCCGAGGACUCAGAAGCAGAAGCACCAGCCUGAGCUGGCGAAGAAGCCCCUGAGCAGGCAGAAGGAGCUUUUGAAAAGGAAGCUGGAGCAGGAGAAGGGGAAGGGGCACUCCUUCCCGGGCAAAGGCGCCAACGAGGUGCUGCCGCCCGGCGAGAGAGCCGCAGGGAACAGCAGCCGUGGGAAGGAGGCCCCCCGACAGCCCCACGCGAGGAAAAGCGGGGGCAGCUCCCCGGAGAUCAAGUAUGACCAGCCCCCCAAGUGCGACAUCUCGGGCAAGGAGGCCAUCUCCGCCCUGUCCCGCUCCAAGUCCAAGCACUGCCGCCAGGAGAUCGGGGAGACCUACUGCCGCCACAAGCUGGGGCUGCUGAUGCCAGAGAAGGUGACUCGCUUCUGCCCCCUGGAAGGCAAAGCCAACAAGAACGUCCAGUGGGACGAGGACUCCGUGGAGUAUAUGCUGGCCAACCCGGUCCGGAUCGCUUUCGUCCUGGUGGUGCACGGCCGUGCCUCCCGGCAGCUGCAGCGCAUGUUCAAGGCCAUCUACCACAAAGACCACUUCUACUACAUCCACGUGGACAAGCGCUCCAACUACCUGCACCGCCAAGUGCUCCAGUUCGCCCGGCAGUACAGCAACGUCCGCGUCACCCCCUGGCGGAUGGCCACCAUCUGGGGCGGCGCCAGUCUCCUGGCCACAUACCUGCAGAGCAUGCGGGACCUGCUGGAGAUGACCGACUGGCCCUGGGACUUCUUCAUCAACCUCAGCGCAGCCGACUACCCCAUCAGGACAAAUGACCAACUGGUGGCAUUUCUCUCCCGAUACCGAGAUAUGAAUUUCUUGAAGUCACACGGCCGGGACAAUGCAAGGUUCAUCCGGAAACAGGGCCUGGACCGGCUCUUCCUGGAGUGUGACGCCCACAUGUGGCGCCUGGGGGACCGGCGGAUCCCAGAGGGCAUUGCCGUGGAUGGCGGCUCCGAUUGGUUCCUGCUGAACCGCAAGUUUGUGGACUAUGUGACAUUCUCCACAGACGAUCUGGUGACUAAAAUGAAGCAAUUCUACUCCUACACCCUGCUUCCUGCCGAGUCCUUCUUCCACACGGUCCUGGAGAACAGCCCCCACUGCGACACCAUGGUGGACAACAACCUGCGCAUCACCAACUGGAACCGCAAGCUGGGCUGCAAGUGCCAGUACAAGCACAUCGUGGACUGGUGCGGCUGCUCCCCCAACGACUUCAAGCCGCAGGACUUCCACCGCUUCCAGCAGACAGCCCGGCCCACCUUCUUUGCCCGAAAGUUCGAAGCCGUGGUGAAUCAGGAGAUCAUCGGGCAGCUGGACUAUUACCUGUACGGGAACUACCCCGCAGGCACUCCUGGGCUCCGCUCCUACUGGGAGAACGUCUAUGAUGAGCCUGAUGGCAUCCACAGCCUCAGCGACGUGACGCUCACCUUGUACCACUCCUUCGCCCGCCUGGGCCUCCGUAGGGCUGAGACGUCACUGCACACUGAUGGGGAGAACAGCUGCAGGUACUACCCCAUGGGCCACCCAGCCUCUGUCCACCUCUACUUCCUUGCUGACCGCUUCCAGGGCUUUGUGAUCAAGCAUCACGCUACCAAUCUGGCCGUGAGCAAACUCGAGACGCUGGAGACGUGGGUGAUGCCGAAGAAAGUCUUCAAGAUCGCAAGCCCACCCAGCGACUUUGGGAGGCUCCAGUUUUCCGAGGUCGGCACUGACUGGGAUGCCAAGGAGCGGCUCUUCCGCAACUUUGGGGGUCUCCUGGGGCCCAUGGACGAGCCGGUAGGCAUGCAGAAGUGGGGGAAGGGCCCCAACGUGACCGUGACUGUCAUCUGGGUGGAUCCCGUCAACGUCAUCGCAGCCACCUACGACAUCCUGAUUGAGUCCACGGCCGAAUUUACCCACUACAAGCCCCCUUUGAACUUGCCCCUGCGGCCUGGGGUCUGGACAGUGAAAAUUCUCCACCACUGGGUGCCAGUCGCAGAGACCAAAUUCCUCGUCGCACCGCUGACCUUCUCCAACAGGCAGCCCAUCAAACCGGAGGAGGCGCUAAAGCUGCACAACGGACCCCCCCGUGGCGCCUACAUGGAGCAGAGCUUCCAGAGCCUGAACCCCGUCCUCAGCCUGCCCGUCAGCCUGGCCCAGGUGGAGCAGGCUCGGAGGAACGCGGCCUCCACCGGCGCUGCGCUGGAGCACUGGCUGGACUCACUGGUGGGCAGCAUGUGGACCGCCAUGGACAUCUGCGCCACAGGCCCCACCGCCUGCCCAGUCAUGCAGACCUGCAGCCAGACGGCCUGGAGUUCCUUCAGCCCGGACCCCAAGUCGGAGCUGGGGGCAGUCAAACCCGAUGGCCGGCUCAGGUAGCACUGGGCGUGGGUGGGCCGCAACGGAUGUCAAAGGGAACACAGCCAGAGGGCCUCCCACCCUGGGGGUGCCUUUUGUGGGAGGGGCCCUCCUGGCCAUAGAAUGAUGGAGAAGGAAGGUUCUGAGGCCAAAGCAGGGUCUGCCGAUGACCUGCAUUUGGCCAGCUGGCUCCUGGGGGUGUGGUCUUACCUCUUCCGGCUGGUCCUCAAGUCCUACAGGGUCCUUGUCUUCCCCUCCAGUGACCAAGCCCCCAGACGAGUGAUUCUCAGACUUUUCCUUUGAGCAGCAGAACUUUGUUUACGAAGCGCAGUGGUGGGUGGAGUUCCAGGUGCAAGUGAAAUCCAGGCUGCUCUGGGCGAAGCUAGGGAGAGGGGGUUCUUCCUCAAUGCUCGGCCCACCGGGCGGUCCCUUCGCCAAGGGCAUCUCCUAAGGUACCUCUUCAGAACCCAAGGGCUCUGCAAAACCCAGUUUGAAAAGCACUGCCCAGACGGUGGGUUUGAUCGCCAGCCCCACCCUUCGGCUCCUCUUCCUGCUCCUCUGGCCCAGGAAACCCUGUGCCAGUGCUGAAAUGACAGGUCACUGAAACCAUGCUCACGGGCCCUCCCCAGGGAGGCCGCAGGCCCAGGACGGCUCCAGGCCUCCCACCAGCCCUUCUUAGUCACUACACGAGCAGGGAAGCUGUGGUGUGACUGCCAACUGUCCUGGGUUCCAUGCCCCCUCCCUCGAGGGAAAAUGGGCUGAUGAACAUCACAUCUCCAGCCAUUCAUGGGCCAGGAGACCAUGACCUUGUUGAUCCUUGACAGUGGGAACACUAGGGCCCAUGGCCAUGAAACUCCUACAGAUGGUUUGGAGCAAAACUCCUGAGCUAGACAGCACAGCAAUAUCCGUCCCCGGCCUGAGCCUUUCCAUUCUGAGGUCAGCACCACCCGCCCCCCCCACCCCCCCCC